CUUGCGUCUGCGGGAAGAUGGCGGCGACCAGCACGGCGCCAGCGGUUGGGGCCGGGUCUACCAGUGCGGAUUUCUCCGACCUGCGCGGGAUCAAGAAGCAGCUGCUGGACGUGGCGGAGCGGAGCCGGGAGCGCGGCCUGCAGCACAGCGGGAAGUGGGCCUCAGAGCUGGCUUUUGCCCUGGACCCUCUGCCCUUUAAUGAGCUGCCUCCUGCACCUGAACUCACAGAGGAAGAUGCUCGUGACUUGGACGCUUACACCCUUGCUAAAUCUUACUUUGAUCUGAAAGAGUAUGACAGGGCUGCUUACUUCCUCCGGGGCUGCAAGAGCCAGAAGGCCUAUUUCCUAUAUAUGUACUCCAGAUACCUGUCAGGUGAAAAAAAGAAGGAUGAUGAGACAGUGGAUAGUCUGGGUCCGUUGGAAAAGGGGCAGGUGAAGAAUGAAGUUCUAAGAGAGCUACGGGUAGAGCUAAGCAAGAAACGCAAAGCCAGAGAGCUGGAUGGAUUUGGCCUUUAUCUGUAUGGCGUUGUGUUGCGAAAGCUGGACCUGGUGAAAGAGGCCAUUGAUGUGUUUGUUGAAGCUACCCAUGUUUUGCCAUUGCACUGGGGGGCCUGGCUGGAGCUUUGUAACUUGAUCACAGACAAAGAAAUGCUGAAGUUCCUGUCCUUGCCAGAUACCUGGAUAAAGGAGUUCUUCCUGGCACACAUCUACACAGAGCUGCAGCUGAUAGAUGAGGCCUUGCAGAAGUACCAGAGUCUUAUUGAUGCAGGAUUUUCGAAGAGCACCUACAUUAUCUCUCAGAUUGCAGUGGCCUAUCACAAUAUCAGAGAUAUUGAUAAAGCUUUGUCCAUCUUCAAUGAACUAAGAAAACAAGACCCUUACAGGAUAGAAAAUAUGGACACCUUCUCUAAUCUGCUGUAUGUCAGGAGUAUGAAGCCUGAACUGAGCUAUUUGGCCCACAACCUAUGUGAGAUUGACAAGUACCGUGUUGAGACCUGCUGUGUGAUUGGGAACUACUAUAGUUUGCGCUCACAGCAUGAAAAAGCAGCUCUCUACUUCCAGAGAGCGUUGAAGCUGAAUCCUCGAUACCUUGGAGCAUGGACUCUCAUGGGACACGAAUAUAUGGAAAUGAAAAACACAUCAGCAGCUAUUCAGGCAUAUAGACAUGCCAUAGAAGUGAAUAAAAGAGACUACAGAGCAUGGUACGGAUUGGGGCAAACAUAUGAGAUCCUCAAGAUGCCCUUUUACUGUCUCUAUUACUAUCGGCGGGCCCAUCAGCUCAGGCCCAAUGAUUCCCGUAUGCUGGUAGCUCUUGGAGAAUGUUACGAGAAAUUGAAUCAGCUAGUAGAAGCCAAAAAGUGUUAUUGGAGAGCCUAUGCUGUUGGAGAUGUGGAAAAAAUGGCACUGGUGAAACUAGCGAAGCUUCAUGAACAGUUGAAUGAAUCGGAGCAAGCUGCUCAGUGCUAUAUCAAAUACAUACAAGAUAUCUAUUCUUGUGGGGAGAUAGUGGAGCACCUGGAAGUAAGCACUGCCUUCCGCUACCUGGCUCAAUAUUAUUUCAAGUGUAAACUCUGGGAUGAAGCCUCAGCCUGUGCCCAGAAAUGCUGUGCAUUCAAUGACACAAGAGAAGAAGGGAAGGCCCUCUUGCGGCAAAUCUUACAGUUACGAAAUCAAGGGGAGACCUCAUCCACAGAGAUUGCCACACCUUUCUUGCUUCCUUCUUCACUAUCUGCCAAUAACACUCCAACACGCCGUGUGUCACCCCUGAACUUGUCCAAUAUUACACCUUAAAAUGUGCCUGCCUCUCUGGGCUGUUGUGAACUGCAAAUGUAAUCCAGCUGGAGCCUGGGUUUUUCCUUCCAAUACUGCCUCUCUAAGGAGAGUUCUGUAUCCAGUGAUGCUUUCCUAGGAGGGCUGAUAACUCACUGUUGAAGAUAAAUACAUUGUGGGCAUCGAAGGCUGGUGGCACCACAUUUCCUAGUGAGUGACUGAAUCCAUUCUACUCCUGUUAUGCCUCUCCUUUCUAGCAUGACAUCUUGGUGUAAGAAGGGAUUCCAAGGUCACUUUCCUCCAUUGACAUCAAUUGGAGUUGCUUCUCUGCCUGUCAUGUUCAUGGCAUUCCUUUGUAAUGUCUUGCUGUCAUAUUUUAGGAGGAGAAAUGGUGCUGCCUCGCUCUUAUUUCAUGAUGGAAAGAAUGUCCUUGCAGCAGUUGGACCCUUGUCCUAUUGGUUUUAGUUACUUUUCAAGCAGAACCGCUGUGUUAGAUUAGCUAGCUGGUAAAAGGAGCCAGUGGAGAGAGCAAAGGGACUGCCGUUUGUCUAGCACAAAUGUAGAGACAUGGGUGAAAAAUGUAGUAAUUCAUAUCCCAUCAUUUCCCUUACUGAUGCAGCAGCCGAUGCUGUUGUGUAGCCUGGUGGAAGUGGUGGGACUUCUAUAUGUUCUUUAAGACAAUCUCUUAAAUCUCUAUCCACCCGUAUCCACCACUUAUUUGAGUGGCAAAACUCAUCCACACAUUUUUGUUGCCCAGGAACACAACUUUACUGUCAGUAGAAAAAAACUCUUGCUUAGUUCUUUGAACUAGAAGCUGGGGUGUUGUAAACUAGUAUCCUAGCAGGGAUGCAGUUUUGUUGAAUAUGAUCCUAUGACAUAAAAUAAUGGUUGUGAUCAAUCCUCAGUGUGACUUAGCACAAAAAAGUGGUAAACAAUGGUAUGAUUUCCUUCAGCUGACAUGAGAAUUCAGGCAUGCAAACUUGACUUGUCUACAGUUGAGCAGGUAAUGGUAUCAAGCAAGCUUGAAUUCUGCUUCCACUAUUAAAUUGUUUUUACUACACAUUCUUGUCGUUUAUGUUAGUAAAACACAGAACUUUGACAUCUGUUGUACAGCACAGGUGUUGGGGCUAGAGCACUCACAUUUUGUUAAUUUUUGUCUUAUCUGGAGGUCUUUGCAAGGAGGGUUUCAUACAGUGCCCUCAUUUUAUCAUCACAAUUGGUGGUGCUGGUGGGUAGACUAAGAGAGAAUGAUUGAAGAAUGACUAAGAGACUAUGAUUGAAUCUGAAGAAGUGUGCAUGCACACGAAAGCUCAUACCAAAAUAUAAACUUAGUUGGUCUUUAAGGUGCUACUGAAGGAAUUUUUUUAUUUUGCUUCGACUCAGACCAACACGGCUACCUACCUGUAACUAGUAUAUGCCAUAGUUUCAGCUUUGUAGACGACUAAAUAUAGGCAAAUUACAAUACUUUACCACCUCUAAGGAUUAGUUUAAACUGGGUAUUUUUAGAGUAGACAUCUUGCCCUGAUGUCAGUAUGUGAUGCCUGCAACAAGUUUCUCACCACUGGUGUAGAAUUAUAGCAAUGAUUUAAAACAAUAACCUUAAGACAUAGGGUUCUUUUCUAUUUGCGCCCGCAGUCAAGAAUUGGAAUUAGCAGGCCAGACUUGGAACUUUGUCAGGAUUUAUGCCCAUAGAUUGUAACAGAUAUAGUUAUUACCCGUCUUGUUGGUUUUGAAUACAGUGGUGCCUCGCUAGAUGAAUUUAAUUCGUUCCACGGGUCUUUUCUUAUAACGAAAAAUUUGUCUAGCGAAUCCCAUAGGAACGCAUUGAAUUUCAAUGCAUUCCUAUGGGAAACCGCGAUUUGCUAGACGAAUUUUUCAUAAAACGAAUUCGUCUAGUGAGGCAACCUCCGCUCGAAAAAUCCUUUCGUUAAGCGAGGCACCACUGUACAGUAGUUUGCACUGCUCAUAAUUGUCUUAAGGCUGGGAAUCCAAUAUAGCAUCAGUUAAGAACUUUAAUUUAUACUAAGAGUAGUACUAAUGGAAAAUAUAGUAUGUUCUUUUACCCACUCCCAAGGACCUAGAUGACCUUUGUCCAGAAAUGCACAAGUGAGUAGGAUACAUUGCCUGUUCCAUUAAAAUAUUUGCAUUUUGAAUACCUUCUGUAUUAGGGAUCAUGUGCAAAUUAACCACUGAAGUCUCAUGCCUGGGCUACCAGAGGGACA